AUGCAGGCGAACAUAGUAUCGCAGAAGAUGUCAUGUCAGAUCGCAAACAUCAAGCCGAACGUGGAAAACGUCAUACCGUAUACAGUGUUCAAGAGAACACAACCGCGGACGCUACAGUCUCCCCUCCACCUGGCUGAUCUGAGUGACCAGUCGAUCCUGUACGGUGGUGGGCGGGACUUUAUACUGACGCUGCUUAACGGGCAGGAUGGGCAUUCCCUUGAGUGCGUCGAGUUGUUCAUCUUGAACAGUUGCAUUAUCCUGUGGUUCAACGUUCUGGGCCACGGGCUGGAGGUCCCCUACACGAGUGUAAUGUUCCAUGCCGUAGCAACACACAAUGGGACUGCAGAGGAAGGCCAUUCCAUAGAGCUUGUUCUGACGCUGGAGAGGGACACCGUGCUGGACCAGUUUUUCCCAGUACCGCCCAGUGAACUACAGGCAGCAGCGGUAGCGGUAUCGAGUAACCCUGGCAACAUUAGUACUGUCGGGAUAGUUCUCUACCCAAAGUAUUCAAUGUACGAAAGACACUACAACUCGGAGAUUGAAACGUUGUUCACCUUUAUGGAUUUUGGGAUGAACAGAGGUGACGAUCUCGUAAAGAACUGUCACAACGCACUUGCUGUCGGGAUGGACCUCCACUGGGAUGCGUUCCGCGAUGACGACGGCAUCGACAAAGAAUCUGUGGCAGACGAGCCCGCGGCUGCAUUUUCCGGAAUAUCAGACUUCAUUCAGAAUACGAGGUUUCAGAAUACAGGGUUUGCAGACGAUCUGGAUACCGAUGCAGAUCUAAGCGGGUUUGUCAACAGAGACAAGACUCAAGCCAGCAUGACUCUCCGUUUCCAACUGGAGAACAGAAUUAGUGGGCGAAAGAACCAGAGAAACCUUUAG